AUGCUGUGCAGACUCGAAAGAGUUCUGUUCGGUGUUGUCUGGCUGGUGUCCAUAAGCGCUGCUGUCGAGUUCAUACCUGGCAUCGACGUCGAAGUCAUCCCCGCAGACGCUGUAGACCAGCCGGACCUGUCCGACCCUCAAGUUGCCGAUUUGGUGCUGCAGCAAUGGCAAGAGGCAAAUGACAGAGCGCCCGCCUCGCUGCUGAAGUCAUGUCCCAUCUCCUGCACGGAAGCGGGAACAGACCCUGAGGGCUGGCACGUUUACGAAGACGCCGCCCGCGUCGCCCUCUGCAAUGACACGAUGCUGCUGGACUUUGCUAUUUACACCCAGAUCCAGGAUGCCUCAACCAAGACAGCAAUCAGGGCGUGCGCGGCCGACUAUGCCUCGGCAAUGGGCUCAAGAAAACGGCAGACAGACGCCUCGUCCUGCUCCUCCGUUAACCAGCGUGCUGUCCGAGAACUCGUAAAGGUUUCAUCCAAGAGCAGCACACCGUCCAACUCAAACGCGGUCAGUGGAGUCCUCGCAGCUGCGCGUCAGUUGCGGAGUCACUUUAAGACUGCCGAACAGCCCUGCGCCAACCACACUAUCAAGUUUGGAUACGACGGGGAUGCUGUGCUGGGUGUUUACGUGGGCUCCCAGUUGCAUCAACAGGGCCUUACAGACAAAGUUAUGGAGGCGUUCAUUCUUCACAUCGAAGGAAAUGGCAUCCCAGAAACGAUGGCCGUUCAGCUCUGCGGUGCCAAGGACCGCGGGGCCGACUACGCUCUCGGAAUCGUUGCCAGCGCGACUGCCGACCUGGCUUUUGCGCAAGAAGCCGUCAGGAUGUGGAGCAGCGGCAAAUGUGUCACGUCUCUCGAUGAUGACCGGGAUUGGCUGGAGGUUUCCCUUCAAGUCCCCGUGCCGGUCUUGCCAUCUAAUCGACAGCGCUCCCCGCAAGGCAACGACGACGAGGCGGUCAAGGCACGCAGAAGGCAUGUCGGCCACGGACACGCUGCGCUGCAUGCCAGGGCGGACUGCAAAACGACGAAAGUCAAUGCCGGUGACGGCUGCUGGGCUGUCGCGCAGAGGUGUGGGAUAUCCGAGGCCGACCUGACGAAGUAUAACACGCGUACCAACUUUUGCAAUACUCUCAUUGCAGGAGAGACUGUUUGUUGCUCUUCCGGUACUCUUCCAGACAACACACCGCCGCCCAAUCCCGACGGCACAUGCCAGACGAAGCGGGUAGAGUCCCAAGACACCUGCGCUGCACUUGCUUCCAAGUGUGGUAUUUCGCCCGCGGACUUCAUGAAGUUCAACUCCAAAACAGGUCUCUGCGCUGGUUUGCAGCCCGGACAGCAUGUUUGCUGCGGCCGCGGUAACCUGCCCGAUUUGAGACCGAAGCCCAACCCGGACGGCAGUUGCCACGAGUAUACGACGAAGAAGGAUGACUUCUGCGCCUCCAUCGCAGCCGAGAAUGGGCUCACGGUCGAGGAUCUCGAAAAAUAUAACAAGCAGACCUGGGGCUGGAAUGGCUGCAAGCUGCUCUGGUCUGGCGUCAAUAUGUGUUUGAGCGAAGGAAGCCCUCCCAUGCCCGCACCGGUCGCUGUACCCGGGACCAGCAAGCCAACAGGCAACACCAACUUGGCCGAUCUGAACCCUUGUCCUCUGAAGACAUGCUGUAACAUCUGGGGCCAGUGCGGAACCACUGCAGACUUCUGCCUCGUCUCAAAGUCUGAGACUGGUGCACCUGGCACAGCGGCCCCCGGUAGCCACGGAUGUAUCUCAAACUGCGGCAUGCAUAUCGUAAAGGGAGACCCUCCUGCCAGCACCAUGCGCGUAGCCUACUUCAGUGCCUGGAACUUCAACCGGGACUGCCUCACGAUGAGCGUUGACAUGGUCGACACGUCCAGGUACACACACAUCCACUUCGCGUUUGCAGAUCUCACUCCGAACUUCAAUGUCGACGUGAGCAGGGUGCAAGAGCAGUUCGAUAUCUUCAAGGGCAUGAAGGGGGUCAAACGAAUCAUCUCUUUCGGCGGCUGGGAUUUCAGUACCUCGCCAGGCACCUACAAGAUCCUUCGUGAAGCGGUUAAGUACGAGAACAGAAAGGUUUUCAAGGAGAACGUCGUGGCAUUUGUGAGUGAGCAUGGACUGGACGGAGUGGAUCUCGACUGGGAGUAUCCAGGGGCCCCUGACAUUCCCGGCAUCCCUGCGGGUGAUCCAAAAGAAGGCCUCGACUAUUUUGCUUUUCUCUUUGAGACCAAGCGGAUGCUAGACCCUUCCAAGACAGUAUCAUUCGCCGCCCCGGCAUCGUACUGGUAUCUUAAGGCUUUCCCCGUUGAGAUCAUGGGAGCUUGGCUGGACUACAUCAUUUACAUGACUUACGACUUGCACGGCCAGUGGGAUCACGGCAACAAGUGGACUUCCUCUGGCUGUCCCGGAGGCGACUGCCUGAGGUCUCACGUUAACAUGACUGAGACGGUUAACGCCCUAUCCAUGAUCACCAAGGCAGGUGUACCCUCCUCGAAGGUGGUCGUCGGCGUCACAUCGUACGGCCGAUCCUUUCGCAUGACCACCGCCGGCUGCACCGGUCCCAUGUGCACAUUCGCCGGCACCGCCAAGGAGUCGCCCGCACGCAAAGGCACUUGUACUGACACCGCCGGCUACAUCUCCAACGCCGAGAUCAACGAGAUCAUCGCACUGGGCGGCAACAUAAAGACCUACAUGGAGGCUGGCUCCGACAUUCUCGUCUACGACGAUUACGAAUGGGUGGCCUAUAUGGAUGACGUGACAAAGCUAGGCCGGGAGAACGCGUACAAGGCGUUCAACUUUGCUGGCACAACGGACUGGGCAGUUGACCUGCAGGAAUUCCGCGUGGCCGGGGAGCCUGGUCACGAAAUUCCGACCGACAUCGUUCUCGGACCCUGCAACGCCAAGUACUCUUCGCUGGACGCCAUCGUCGCAGACAAGGACAAGAUUCCGGGCCAUUGCGCCGACCAGUACGUUCUCUCUGUGCUCGGCGACAUAUUGAAGGGGGCGCUUGACGGAUACGACAAAAUCAUGAAGAGCGACUACGACAACAAGUACAACACCUUCGCCCGCGCGAUACGCGAGACAUGGAACAACAACCUUCACGACUUCUAUUUAACUUCCACCGACGAGUACUAUGACUGCGUGAUGCAACGCUUCGACAACGGCAACUGGCGUAACGAGUCGGUCGCCUGCCCGCCGAAGUACUCUUCAGGCUACGCCUUCAGCAUAUACUUAAUACCAAAGGACGAGAACAAGCUCUACAGGUUCAUCGAGGAGAAGUACCACAUCGCCCGCGAAUGGAUCCACGGGUCCGUCACCCAGAUCGCGCCUUGCCUCCCAGAACAAGACUGCGAGAACUACGGCAAGCUCAUCGGGCCCCCGGCCCUGCGGCCCGACUUCCAGAUCCCCAACCCCAAAGACUCCAUCCAGAAGUCGCUGGGCAACCUGCGGGAGCUCUCCGAGUUUGUGACCGACGCGGCCGAGGACAUCAAGAUCGGCCUGUUCCUAGACAUGACGAUCGACGCGGUGGACGCUGCGUCGGUGCCCGUGCUCAUGAUUCAGGCCGCCGUGGAGUCCAUGAAGCAAAUCUAUGAGAUUGGCAAGGACAUCGAGCAGAAGGAGCGUGAAAACAUCAUCCUCAUGGCGCUAACGGCGAUCCUGUUCAUCAUCCCCGGCCUGGGCCAGGCCGCCAGCGCGGUGACUGGCCUGGCCGUCUUCGCGCGCAUCGCUGUCGUCAUCGCCGAGCUCGGGGGCGCCGCCCUCGGGGCGUACGACAUCGCGCAGAACCCGGACAGCGCGCCGCUUGGCGUGUUCGGCAUUCUCCUAGGCGGUAUUGCGUUGCGCAGCGCGCUGAAGCCCUUCCUAGGAGAAGCGGCGGCAGUCCGGCGGGGUAUGUCGGCGAGGCAGAUCGAAGGCUUAGGGCCGGUCGUGAAGGAAGGGCUGGACAAGAUUGGUACGGUCGCGAAGCUUUGUAGGCUAUGA